AUGCAAAGAGUGCGUUCGCAUAAUAAUGUAUCGAACUAUGAUUCAAUGUUGGAAAAAGAUGAACAAAACAAAUUAGAAAUCGACGCAGCUGAAGAAACUCGUAAACAAUUUGAGGAAGAUCUGCAAGAUUCAAAACAACAACAAUCAACUAGUGGAUCAAGUACAUCAACAUCAUCACACGGAAAAUCUUUGCCUGAUUUGGUGAAAGGUCUUAGCAGUGAUAAGCGUAACGAACUAAUGUUGAAACUAAAAGAACAACUCGGUGGAAAUAUAACCGAGGAGAAAUUAAUUCAGAAUGCGUUUUCAGUUAAACAUACAAUUACAGAAUUUAUGAACAAAAAAUAA